AUUUUUCGCCAGCAGCGACAGUACUUUGUGAAAAUGACGCCAAUGAUAGACUGUUUCAUCACUUUGAUACACUCCGCGUUGUUUCAGAGCGACUUACGAAUUUUGACACGCGUCACGCGCCGUUUUUAUUCUUGUUAUCUUUUAUUGUGUCUUUAAAGCCACCCGACAUCAUGUACUGUAACUCUGUUUCCGAAUUUACCUCAUUUUGUAAGAGAUGCAACAUUCAGUUCUUCAAGCAAGUGAAAAACAUACAAUGAAGUGGGGCACAAAAUACAAAUACAAUACUGGAUGUUCCCUGUCUCACCAUUGGGAACUUGCGUCUUCAUGUGGGCCCCCCCAUCCGUCGUGAGUGGUCCACCUUGACUUGUCCCGCCUCAUUGCGACGACAAAUAUAAUUGGGGGUUGCAGUGGAGGAGGUUAGAAAUACCCAUUGACAAUCUCACUUGACUGAAGUUUUGGGACAGCGAUUGGAAGAACUAUUGAAUUCAAAGAAGAACAAGGAAAGCAGCAUUUGUUACACUGCGAAGGCACCAUGCCCAAAAAAGGCCUGAGGGGAGGCCAUUUAAAGUGCAUGUGUAUGAGAUAGCAUUUGCUAAUAAUUUGCUGUAAAGACUCAGGUCAGCAAGACACCGAUUCCAAACAAUGAUGGGGGACCCAAUCCAGUUAAAAGAUGAGGGAAACAAACAUUUUCAAGCUGGAGAUAUUGAUAAGGCUAUCGAGUGUUACACCAAAGCAAUCAGUGUUUGUCAAGACAAGAAGGUCUUGGCUGUUAUUCACAGAAACAGAUCUGCAUGCUAUCUGAAAAAGGAAAAGUAUUCCAAUGCAGCCUCUGAUGCAUCCAAAGCUAUUGAUGUUGAUGCAUCUGACAUCAAAGCCUUAUACAGACGGUGCCAAGCUCUGGAGAAGCUUGGGAAACUUGACAUGGCCUUCAAAGAUGUGCAGAGAUGCGCGACCAUUGAACCAAAGAACAAAACGUUCCUGGAGACUCUUCGCAGGCUGGGGGCUGAAAUCCAGACUAAGCUCAAAACAACAUUCUCCACAGAUUCAAGGGUACAGAACAUGUUUGAUAUUCUUCUUGAUGAUGAAAUGGAAAAGGACAAGAAGGAAAAGGCUGCCAACAACCUGAUUGUACUAUCCAGAGAGGAUGCAGGAGCAGAGCGAAUCUUCCAGAAUAAUGGCGUCCCUCUACUCCUCAGCAUGAUCGAGACAGGAAAAUCAGAGAUGAUCCUCGCUGCUAUUCGUACUCUUUCGGGAAUGUGCACAGGUCAUAAAGCUCGGGCAAUGGCUAUUAUUCACAUGGUGGGCAUUGAUAAGUUGUGCAGCAUUAUGGCACUUGACAAUGAGGAGAUUGCACUGGCAACAUGCAAUCUCUUUCAAUGCAUCAACGAUUCCCUCACAGGCGGUGAUAAAAGAGAAUAUGGGAAAGAGGAGUCCUUGGUUUUAGAUGCCGCCAAAGACUUGAAGACUAUUCUCCUGUCUUUGCUGGAGAUGGUUGGUAGUAAAAAGGUGUCUGGCCAUGGCCGAGACCAGGCGUUGAACCUCCUGAGCAAGAACGUCCCUCGCAAAGGACAGAAAGAGCUUGACAACUCAAGGACACUUUUCACUAUUGAUCAUGGUCUAAAGAAAAUUCUCAAGGUGUGUGGUCAGGUUCCUGAAUUACCUGACCAGUUGCCCUUGACUGAGAACACCCAGCUAAUUGCCAGCGUGGUUCUCAACCGGCUCUAUGAUGAUCUCACAUGUGAUCCGGAGAGAAACAACUUCAGGGAUAUAUGUGAUGAGUACAUAAAAACCAAAAUCGACCCUAAUGACAUGGAUAAAACAAUUCACGCCAUCAACGUGAUUUCAGGGCUGCUGCAAGGUCCAUUUGAGGUUGGGAACGCUUUGGUUGGUAGGCAAGGCAUCAUGGAGAUGAUGGUGGCGCUGUGUGGCUCUGAACGUGAGGUGGAUCAGAUGGUGGCAGUGGAGGCACUCAUCCAUGCCUCGACAAAGAUGAGCCGUGCUAGUUUCAUCAUCACCAAUGGUGUGUCACUGCUUAAAGACAUCUAUAAGAAGACCAAAAAUGAGAAGAUUAAGAUACGUUCGCUGGUGGGUCUCUGCAAACUGGGCUCAGCAGGAGGUGAUGACUACAGCUUAAGACAGUUUGCUGAGGGCUCAACUGAGAAGUUAGCCAAACAGUGCAGAAAAUGGCUCUGCAAUCCUAUGAUUGAUGCCAAAACAAGAAAGUGGGCUGUUGAGGGUUUGGCCUACCUAACUAAUGAUGCUGAUGUCAAAGAUGACUUUGUUGAGGACGAGCCAGCAUUGAAAGCCAUGUUUGAACUAGCCAAGUCUAAAGAUAAAACCAUCAUAUACGCAGUGGCCUGCACCUUGGUAAACUGCACCAACACCUAUGAGAAGAAAGAGAUAAUCCCCGAGCUGGUACAGUUGGCAAAGUUCUCAAAACAGCAUGUGCCUGAGCAACAUCCCAAGGACAAGAAGGAUUUUAUUGAGAAGAGAGUUAAAAGACUUCUCAAAGCUGGGGUCACAUCUGCUCUUGCUGUAAUGGUUAAAGCAGACAAUUCUAUUCUGACGGACCAGACCAAAGAAAUGCUUUCAAGGGUUUUCUUGGCAUUGUCUGAGGAUCCCAAAGAUCGUGGUACUAUUGUUGCCCAUGGUGGAGGAAAGGCUUUGAUUCCUCUCGCUCUGGAAGGAACAGAGGCUGGAAAAGUGAAGGCCUCUCACGCGCUUGCCAAAAUUGCAUCCAUUUCAAACCCAGAGAUCGCCUUUCCUGGUGAAAGAGUGUAUGAGGUGGUCAGGCCGUUAGUCAACCUUCUUCACACAGACAGAGAUGGAAUCCAGAAUUUUGAGGCCCUGCGAGGCCUUACCAACUUCGCUGGAUUCAGUGAAAAGCUAAGGAUAAAGAUCGUGAAAGAGAAUGCGCUACCUGAUAUUGAGAGCUAUAUGUUUGAGGAACAUGAACAGAUCAGACAAGCUGCCACUGAAUGCAUGUGCAACCUUGUGACAUGUAAAGAUGUACAAGAGCGCUACCUAGAGGAUGGUAAUGAUAAGCUGAAACUUCUUGUACUACUGUCCGGAGAGGAUGAUGAGAAACUUCAGAUUGCUGCAGCUGGAGCAUUAGCCAUGCUUACUGCUGCUCAGAAGAAGCUUUGCACCAAGAUGACACUUGUGACUGCCCAGUGGCUUGAGAUCCUACAGCGGUUAUGUCUACACAGUAACCCAAUGAUCCAGCACCGCGGCCUGGUGACGGUGUACAAUAUGCUCAACUCGGACGAUAGUGAGCUGGCCAAGAAACUUAUUGAGAGUGAGUUGCUAGAAAUCAUGUCAGUCAUUGGCAAGGCAGCAGACAAUCCCAAGAGACAGGAUGUCAUCGAUGCGGCACGGUCAUGUCUGGUCAAAGCUAUGGACAUGGGUCUGAUCAAACCUUUCUCGACCCCUUCUUAAACACAGGCCAUAGACACCACAACACAAGGAGACAUUCUUCUUCUUCCUUUCUCUGUUGUUUGUUUUCAUCAGAUUUUUCCACAUUAAAGAAGUCACUGGAUGAUAUAACUUACUAAAAUAAUGUGUACAUAUAUUAUUAACAAGGAUGCACAGGAUUAGGCAUGUGCCGGUAUGAGAUUCUGACGGUAUGAUAAGUUUAAGCAAAAAUUUUACAGUAUCACGGUAUUGAAUUACAGCUCUAAAAUGUGUUACCUUGAGAUAUCUGGGUUAAAAAAAGCAAAAAACUUUUUUUCCAAUGCACAGGAUUUUUAUUUUUCAAAACAUUAGCAAAAUGGAACAUAAGUAUAAUGAUAAGUUCAAAUAAUAAAAAAAAACAAAAACAAUUCUAUAUGAAAUUUAAACCUUUAGGUGAGCGUAAACCCACAGCCACAGCUUAACAUUAUUAUCAUCAGAACAAAAAUAAUUGAAUUAUUUUCCAUGAAAAGCACAUGUGUAUGACUCGUAUCAUGUUUACAUGAUACACUCUUUCUCAACACAGACAGUUGCCAGGGCGAUAAAAAACACGUUUUACCAUCGCUAGACACACUAAACAUGCUGGAGUUAACUCUUGUAGCUGGUGAGAACGUUCAUGAUCGUGUUUACUAACCUUUUAUUUUGUAUAAAUGCGAGAACAUACUGGAUGUAUUGCCUCCUCUGCAGCUACCCUCAGCAAACAUGUUUUACAUGUCAGUUGGCCCUCCUCCUCUAAGCAGCGGCCUUCUGUAACUUUUAUGUAGCCAAAAGUAUUCCCAUACCAGCGAUUUCGUUUUCUUCGAUGUGGGGGAACAAGUUCAGGAGUUUCACCUCCUCCAGCCAUCGUGUAACACAGCUGACUCACUGACACUGAGCAACAAUCAGUGGGGGAGGGUUGAGCCUUGCAGCUGCAAGCGAGGGAUUUUUCCCUGCAUUUUAGGUAAAUAAAAAUAGCUAAUACCUAGGGACGGUUUGACAGAAAUUCUUUGCGGUUUUGAUACCGUGACAUUUUCAUACCACGGUAUACCUUGAAACCGAUUAUCGGCAGAUGCCUACACGGGUAUAGACAUCUGACAAUGUUUGAACAUGUCUCACCUGCAAAAUCAUACUGGUACCUGAUUCAAUCGAAAAACAGGAUCCAGAUCGAAUUUGAAAUUAAUUUUACUUUUUGAAUGUAUAAUUUCUAUUGUGAAAGAAUCAAGACAUGAUAUUGAUAUAAAGAGGGGUUGGACAAAAUAAUGGAAACACCUAACAUCAAAAUCAUUGAACAUAAUUGCUAAAGAAUGGCACGAGGAACAUUCUAAUGAAGUUGAGCAUCUCGUAUGGCCAGCACAAUCGCCAAAACUCAAAAUCAUUGCGCAUUAGGGAUUCAAUUAAGACGUCGAUUUCCACUGCCAUCGACUCUAAAAGAAUUAGAGGGUAUUUUAACUGGAGAAUGGCUUAAAAUUCCUUUGGAAACUAUCCACAAGUUGUAUGAAUCAAUAGUUUUGAGAAUUUAGGCCGUAAAUGCCGUAUAAGGCAGACCUACACCAUAAUAAAGUAGUUUUUGUUGAUUUUUUUCCAGGUGUUUCCAUUAUUUUGUCCAACCCAUGUAUAGGUUUGAAUGUGUUUACAUUGUGUGCGUGUAACAAAAGUUUUGUUUGUUUUUUGAAAAAAAAAAACAUUUCAGUGUUAUUUAUUGGAGCUCAUUUGAAUAUGCUUCCAUAAUUCUACAAUUAGGGGAAUCAAUGAUGACAAGACUAAAGUGCAAAACAGUACAAACUGGUUACAAUUAGUUUUGCAGUUUCUGCCCUUGUUCUGCGACCACAAUUAUGUCAGUAUUGGGCUGUCACAUGCAAAUGUUUGGAGACACAACUGUGCUUCUAGAGGAAAUGGAAUGUAAGUGCACUGUUUUCCAACCUUUAUCAAGACCAAAAACCUUAAAAAAAAAUCUCAAAGCACACUAAACGAAAAUGUCACAGAAUUUUGACAGGAGUGACCUCAUUGCACGAUACAUAAAUAAUUAACUAUAUAAAUUCAUGUGAAAUUUGGGCCGGUUCAAUUAAACAAUUGUUAUUUUUUGCAAGUUAAUUGUAAUUGUACUUUCUGCCUUCUCGUGCAAAUGCAAUUCACCAUGCAGUACAUCACUCGAAUACAAACAAAAAUCAUGGUGAAUUUGGUGAUUUUUCUUCAUACUUUGUGUACUAUAUGGCUUUUGCUUUGCUUUGUAAAGUUUUAACAUGCAUGUAAUGACAAAUGUUUUUCCCUGAGACUACAUGGCAAUAUCCUUUAGUUAUGCCUUUUUUUUUUAUGUCAUGCAGCAAUCUAAGGUCAUGGGCAUUCCGUGUUGCUUUUUGGCCUUUAAUCUUACGUGCAGAGAUUUCUUGAGUUUUUCCGAAUCUUUUGAUGAUAUGGACUGAUGAAAUCAAUUAGCUCCUUGAGAAGAAAUGGCGCAAUCACGCACAAACACAUUUGAAAACUUAAAAGGUCCAAUAAGCCUUGGUUUAACGCCCACAUUUCACAACACUCAAAAAACUGCACACGAAUAUCCAACAGCGCGCUGCACGAUGGUAUCUCAACAGCAACAACAAACAAUAAUAUGGCUACAAUGCAAGCUAUAUGAAGUUCUCCACUGGCUAAAUCUGCAGCUAACUUUUCCUCCCUGGGCACUAUAUAAACUAUUAUAAUAAUCUUAAUUCUCGACCUCGAAUUGACUUUUAGAAAAUUUAGCUGUUUUUGUAAAGAAAAAAAUCACUAAUUUGUUUUUGCGCCUCC